AAAUGACGAUUGUGUCGAAACCUGUAAACAGAUAACCUAACCUGCGGUUACAUGUAAUGUGUUAUUUUUUAGAAUUUAUUUAUUUUUAAAAUGUGCGUGCUAUAUUAUUAUGAAUAUUUACUAAUGGAGAAGCUCAAAGAAGGAUUAGUUCUAUUUGAAAAGCCAUUAGCCUCUAAAAGUGAGAUUAACCCAAAUUUUAAAAGUGUAGUGGAUGACAAGUGUCCAGACAAAACUCAGAACUCAAACAAAUAUCUGACUAUGUUGAUAAUUUCAACGAACUAUAAAGAGUGCUAUAAAAUAAGUAGUCAAUUAAGCUAUCAACGUUGUAAAAAAAAUUUUAGUCCACGUAAAAGUAUAAUAUUGUAUCACAAGGAUGAUUACAGGCUAGAGUAUAAGAAAAUAUCAAGCGAUCUGUGGUUCCUCGAUAUGGCUCUGGAAAAGCACCCCUGGCGGUUACUAGCCUUCCUCAAUUCUGAAAUGAACAAUUCGGGAAAACCCCCUUCAAUUGCUGGAACUUCAUUUGCUCGCUAUCUACAGCUGAAUAGUAUUGUUGAAGUUUAUCUCGAUAAUAUUGGUUCACAUGAUAAGCUUGUUGUUUUACCAGCCGAGCUUUUCAGAUGCAAGUCAAUUAAGGUGCUCUCGUUGAUGAACAACUGCCUGACCACGCUGCCAGCCGACAUCGGCCGAAUGGAGAACCUCGAGCACUUGGUGCUCACCGACAACAAGCUCACUGUCAAAUCCAUUCCCCACACACUCCGGUUUUGCCCCAAGUUGACUCAUCUAUUCCUAGAUAAAAAUCAUUUAGAUGCCUUACCUGGAAUGCUGCUAGAUAUGAAACAAUUGCUGGUUGUUAGGAGACAUGGCAAUAGUAAUUAUUUCAAGUCCACGUUCAUUUGGUACCAUACGGAUGUUAAUGACAGAGUAUUGAAAGUGAGCAAUGAGAAAUGUAGACGGAAUGUCCAGACGAUCUUCCAGCCCGAAACUUUGGAGAUGCUUGCUAUUCAAUCAAUUAUUGCAUCAAAAGAAAACUUCUUCAGGCCGGGCUUCCUGCCCGAAGUCAUGCAAGAGCAGAUCUCUCGUUUGUACAUGCAGUUCAAUGUUUGCGGCUACUGUAAUACAGCUAAACCAAAAUGUGAACAAGGCUACAAAGUGUUCACGUUUAAGUACCCGUACCUGGGCAACACAUGUGUGCCGUUCCAGCACUGGACAUGUUCGCGCCAGUGCGGCGAGGCCAUCGAGGUGCCAGCUCGCCUCGCUCAGAAGCAGGCCGCUCGACGCUUGGACCACGAGUACCAGCAGUACAUCUCAUCCAUCCACCGAACCAACAGCCUUCGACCUGACAAGUCACACACUUGCAACAUUCUUUAAAGCACCGCUCUAAAUCAAUGUCAAUUCCUUCAAUGCACCUUGUAAGUAGCAAAUAUCCACUGGCUAAUAAGUGUCGAUCGGUUCGCCAUGAUCUCACGGAAUAUUCAGAGAGAGCAUCUACAAGAAUGUGGUUAUAAACUCGACAGUAUUCACUCGCUAGUGAUGAUCGUUUCGUCAUGUUUUGACAUCUUCAGGUAUGAGUCAAAGAAAGGUUAUAGAAGGAAUAAGUAUGGAAGACAAUUUUUGACUCCGCCGUACUGCUUAGGGUAGUAAGGA